AUGGAUGCGGUAUUAUUGAACAUAGUCAAUGAUGUUCCAGUGGUGACGCGGUAUUGGACGAUGGGCUGCAUAGCUGUGUCGGCCCUGGUACGAUUUAACAUGAUAAACUCCAUCAAGAUGCUGUACUCGUAUGAGAUAGUGUUUCAGAAGGGCCAUUACGAGCGGAUACUGUACUCACUGUUUGACUACGGUUUAUUUAAUUGGAUGUCGCUGAUGAAUAUAGUGAUAGCGGCGAACCAUUUGAGUUUCUUGGAGAACUCAUUCAGCCUCAAGAGGCGGUAUGUGUGGAUAUUGUUCCUGACGUUGUGCUCUUUGCUCGGGAUGUCGUAUUUUGGCCAACCGGUGGCCUCAUUGGGUGUGCUGCUGCAGGAGAACCUGUCGUACUACUAUCUGAAGAAGAACAAUGAACAGAUGAACAUAAGGUUAUUUGGAAACAUCGCGGUGUCGCCACUGCUUGUUCCGUUUUACUUGAAUUGCCUUUUGCUGUUUGUGUACCACAUGGACGUAGUCGAAGUAGCGAUGUUUUUCCUGCCAGGACACAUAAUGUUCUACAUGGAUGACAUGCUGAAGAGGAUAUACGGCGUCGAUCUCACGAAGACGCCAUACGAUUGGUGGCUGGGCCUCAAGGAGACGCAGUAG